UGUGCGCGCCGCUGCGCGCUCCCGCCGCUGCGCGUUCUCGUUUCCUAUUGGCUGACACGCCCGUCAUGUAGCGGGUUCCUGCGUCUCUAUUGGCUGAGGCCCGCGGGGCUCCGCCCUCCAGGGCGCGGGGACGGGCGGAGACGAUGUAGAGAGCGGUGAGUGCGGGGGGGGCUCAGUCCCGGGCCCUGGUCCCGGUCCCGGUCCUUGAUCCCGGCCCCUGGUCCCGUCCUCGAUCAGGGAUCCCAGCUCGAUAGUCCUGGUCCUCCAUCCCGGUCCCUGAUCCCGGCCCCCGAUCCCGGUCCGGGUCCUUUAUCCCAGCCCUAAGUUCCCGUCUCCGACCCCGGCCCCUGAUCCCCGUCCAAGUCCUUUAUCCCAAUCCCUAGUUCCGCUCCCCGAUCCCGGCUCUUUAUCCCUGUCCCAGUCCCCGAUCCCGGCCCCUGAUCCUGGUCGCAGUCCUUUAUCCCGGUGCCUAGUUCCGGCCCCCGAUCCCGGCCCCACUCCUUUAUCCCAGUCUCUACUUCCCGUUUCCGAUCCUAGUCCUUAAUCCCGGUCCCAAUCCUCUAUCCCAGUCCUAACUUCCCGUCUCCGACCCCGGUCCCUGAUCCCAGCCCCAGUCCUUUAUCCCAGUCCCUAGUUCCGGUUUUCGAUCCCAGUUCUUGAUCCCGGUCCCGGUCCUUCAUCCCAGUCCCGAGCCCGGUUCUUGAGCCCGGUCCCAGCCCUUUAUCCCAGUCCCUAGUUCCGGCCCCCGAUCCCAGUCCUUCAUCCGGAUCCCGGUCCGGCUCCCUUAUCCCAGUCCUAACUUCCCGUUUCCGAUCCCGAUCCCGGUCCCGGUCCUUAAUCCCGCUGCGGGUCGGGGCCGGGUGAGUCACCGGGGGCCGGGGUGGGGGGGCCCGUCCCAGCCCCGCUUCACGCCGGGAUGCGCAGCGCGGCGGAGGCGGCGGCGCGGAGCUUCCCCCCGGAGCGCUGAGCUCGGGGCCGCGAUGGCGGCGGGUGCCGGAGCCUGGAGCCCCGCGGCGGAGCUCGCCUGGAGCCCGGGGACGGCGCCGCGGCCCCCGCCGGGGCUGGAGGCGAAACUGGGCUCCUUGGUGCUGCUGCUGCUGCUGCCGCUCGCCUGCGGGCUGGGGCCGCUCUGCUGCUUCCGGCAGCCCCUCGCGGCCGCCGACGCCCGCAGCCCGGUGCUGAGCCUGGUGAGCUGCUUCGCCGGCGGCGUGUUCCUGGGCACGUGUCUGCUGGACCUGCUGCCCGACUACCUGAGCAGCAUCGGUGCUGCGCUGGAGGGGCUGCGCGUCACCCUGCAAUUCCCGCUCGCGGAGUUCAUCCUGGCCAUGGGCUUCUUCCUGGUGCUGGUGCUGGAGCAGAUCGCGCUGGCUCAGCGGGACCCGGCGCCUGUCGCGGAUGAAUCGCGCUCCCUCCUUCCCUCCGCCUCCAUCCAGAGCCCGGCGGCGGCGGCGGCGGCGGGGCCCGGCGGAGCCCGCGGCGCGGUGCGGAGCGCGGCGCUGGUGCUGGCGCUGGCGCUGCACGCCGUGCUGGAGGGGCUGGCGCUGGGGCUGCAGGAGGCGCAGGGCGCGGUGCUGCGGCUCUGCCUGGCGCUGCUGCUGCACAAGGGCGCCGUCGCCUUCAGCCUGGCGCUGAAGCUGCUGCGGGGGGGGCUGCGCCCGCCCGCCGUCGCCGCCUCCUUGGUGCUCUUCUCCGUCAUGUCGCCGUCGGGGGUCGCGAUAGGGGCGGCGGUGGCGGCGGGCGCGGGCCCGCGGCAGAGGCUGUGCCGGGGGGUGCUGGAGGGGCUGGCGACCGGCACCUUCCUCUACGUCACCUUCCUGGAGAUCCUGCCGCAGGAGCUGGGGGCGCCGCGGCACCGGGUGCCCAAAGUCAUCCUGCUGCUGGCGGGCUUCGCGCUCGUCACCGCCAUCCUCUUCCUCAAGAUAUGAGACCCCCCGUCCCCCUUCCCCCGCCCCCCAUUCCCUAUUCCUCAUUCCCCAUUCCUCACUCUCCAUUCCCUAUUCCCCAUUCCCUAUUGCCCGUUCCCCGUUCCUUAUUCUCUAUUUCCUAUUCUCUACUCCCUAUUCCCCUUUCCCCAUUCCCUAUUCCUUAUUCCCCAUUCCCCAUUUGCCAUUCCCUAUUCUCCAUUCCCUAUUCUCCAUUCCUCAUUCCCUAUUCCCCAUUCUUCAUUCCCCAUUCUCCAUUCCCCAUUCCCCUUUCCCCAUUCCCUAUUCCCUAUUCCCCAUUCCCCAUUCCCUAUUCCCCAUUCCCCAUUCCCCAUUCCCUAUUCUCCAUUCCCUGUUCUCCAGUCCCCAUUCCCUAUUCCCCAUUCCCUAUUCCCCAUUCUUCAUUCCCCAUUCCCCUUUCCCCAUUCCCCAUUCCCUAUUCCCUAUUCCCCAUUCCCCAUUCCCCUUUCCCCAUUCCCCAUUCCCUAUUCCCCAUUCCCCAUUCCCCACUCCCCAUUCCCUAUUCCCCAUUCCCUAUUCCCCUUUCCCCACUCCCCAUUCCCCACUCCCCAUUCCCUAUUCCCCAUUCCCCAUUCCCCAUUCCCCAUUCCCCAUUCCCCAUUCCCCACUCCCCAUUCCCCAUUCCCCAUUCCCCAUUCCCUAUUCCCCAUUCCCUAUUCCCCACUCCCCAUUCCCCAUUCCCCAUUCCCCAUUCCCUAUUCCCCAUUCCCCAUUCCCCACUCCCCAUUCCCUAUUCCCCAUUCCCUAUUCCCUUUUCCCCACUCCCCAUUCCCCAUUCCCCAUUCCCCAUUCCCCAUUCCCCAUUCCCCAUUCCCUAUUCCCCAUUCCCCAUUCCCCACUCCCCACUCCCCAUUCCCCAUUCCCCAUUCCCUAUUCCCCAUUCCCCAUUCCCCAUUCCCCACUCCCCAUUCCCCACUCCCCAUUCCCUAUUCCCCAUUCCCCAUUCCCCAUUCCCCAUUCCCCACUCCCCACUCCCCAUUCCCCACUCCCUAUUCCCUAUUCCCCAUUCCCCAUUCCCUAUUCCCUUCUGCACCCCCAAGUGCCAAAGGGCCCCCCCUCUAUCCCAAGGGGGCCCCCCAAUGUCCCGGCGAGGCUCAGCCCCGUGCCUCAGUUUCCUGCUCCGCACAAGGGGAACGGUGCUGCCCCCUAAGGAUGAAGGGGGGGGCUGAGUGUGUGCCCCCCCCCACAUACACACACCCAUAAGUGCCUUUAUAGUAUGGGGGGGCUCAGCCUGACCCCCCCAAGUUGGGGAGAGGUGUUGGAUGAAUAAAGGACUUGAGCUGA